GUCGGCGAUCGACCGGCGCAUGCGCGCGCCGCCCGGCUCCUCGCUCGCCGCUCGCCGCCAGUGAGCAGCCGCGGCGCGACCCGAUCGCGCGCUCCGCCCGACGCGACGCGACCGACGCCCGCGACUACCCACCGUCACGUCGAACACACACAAUACACCGCUAAUGCGUUCUGUUUACAAUAUUGCAUUAACACGUGCCCCCGGAUCUGAUGGCCGACGGUAGGCUCACGUGAACCACUUGUAUUCGCCCACAACAACACCCCAGCGAGAGGAACAACAACGUUUCUGCUAUAGCCGCGGUAAUCGCGGUGUGUCAGUGCGUACGAUUCAGCAAGAUGCGCGCGCGUAGCGGGUAACCAAUCAGCGUGGCGGGGUACGGGCGGUACGCGGGCGGCGCUGGCGCGUACCAUGCGCGAGCGCCCACCGUGCCGCUCAACGCCAUGUCCCGGAGAUUAAGGCACCCGCUUGUCAAGCAAGAGGAUGCGGAUUCGAAAUCUGAUGGCGAGCCUAUCAAGUUGCCCGAGAACCUGGAGAGUCUGCCUCGAGCAGAACAUUUUGCAGCCCAGAGACAUCGAUGGAACACCAAUGAGGAAAUCGCGGCAAUACUCAUCAGCUUUGACAAACACAGCGACUGGCAGUCAAAAGAGGUCAAAAUACGGCCAAAAAGCGGUUCAAUGCUGCUGUACAGCCGUAAGAAGGUCCGCUACCGACGUGAUGGCUACUGUUGGAAGAAGAGAAAAGACGGGAAGACCACCAGAGAAGACCAUAUGAAACUCAAGGUCCAGGGAACGGAGUGUAUCUACGGCUGCUACGUCCACUCUGCCAUCUUGCCGACAUUCCAUCGGAGGUGUUACUGGCUUCUACAGAACCCAGAUAUAGUGUUAGUACACUACCUGAACGUGCCAUACCCAGAUGACAACAAGCUGGCGACGGUAGCACCUAGCCUGGCCCUCUGGGCAGACAAGAAGGAGUGGACUAAGGAUGAACUGGUCUGCCAACUGAAGCCAAUGUUGUCUUCUGUUUCAGUCUUCAGCGAAGACGAUCCCGACCACAACAAUGACUUGGAAAUUUCGGGCAAAAUGUUUCAGACAUCGGAAACCGUCGAAGUCAUCGUCACUCAGCUCAUGGAGAAGCAGAGGGCUGCCAGGGCUGCAGCUUUGGCGAGGCAGCUGGAGUGCGGCUGCCCUGACUCCACCUGCAACGAUUCAAGAAACUGCGCCCACCCCAUGCGCAGAGUUCAAGCUGCAAAACCACCACCUUCAGAUCACCAAGUAUCUUCAACCACCGGCCCUUCUCCGAGACCCAUGUCUCACCCACCCAGGCAGUACACCAGAGACCACAGACCUGCACAACAAUCAGCAUCUCCAUUACUUUUAUCUUUAGGCCAAAUUCAGGGUGGCGGUGGUCUCCUAAUUCUGAAUGGAACGAGUAACGGAACUCAACAAAAUUCUUCUUUGGUAUCUCCACUAUCAGUGACGUCAUUCGUCUGUGAAGAACCCCGCGAUAGGUAUAGGCAGCAGUACAAACCCACUUUUGUUUUAAAACGGGAAAUUCCAGACAGUCAACCUACGGUUGUUCAAACCACUGAGACAAAGUUUGAAAUUGAGCCUAAAGAGGAAAAAAUAGAUGUCGAUGUAUUUGAAAGGAAGAUUAAAGUGGAGCCAAGAAGUAGUGUCAGUAGAAACCAGGUAAUCGCAAGUGCGCCGGCGACUCCAUCAAGAUAUCCAGAUUUAGUAGAAAGAUUAGAAAGUAAAGUUUUGACAGAUAACUGUGAUGAUACUUUAGUGCUGCUCGGUACAGACAGCAAUUUAGGUUCUAGUGGGUUCUUUGAUGAGACUCUUGAAUUAUCGCAUGAAGAUAUUCAAAAAACUUUGUCGGCUAACAUGCCUACUUGUGAGCUGGAUAGGAACGGUGUGAGGCAUACAGAUACGGCUAAUGUGAUGGUGUCUGGUAUAGACACAAUGGACUUUAUAGACAGUUGUGAAGUCGUGGCUUCGCCCGCUACAGGAGUUGAUGAUAAUGUGUUUGUGAAUCUGGACGCUUUUGAUAUGCUAGGAGACUUUCCCGAAUUGGAAGUGUUGGAUCCCAGUGGGAUGUCAUCGAAUCCAGUGUCCUUUUUCCUUAAUUUCCAGACUCUUAGUGAGAAGUCCCCUGCAGCCGAAGAUAGUAGUGAGAAAAUGCAGACUGAGAGUAGUAGUGAGGGUACGCUGAAUAUCACGGAUUAUUCUCCGGAGUGGGCCUACCCUGAAGGUGGAGCGAAGGUUUUAGUCGCUGGCCCUUGGACAGACACGUCAGAUCAGUACACUGUACUAUUUGACAAUUUCCCCGUGCCAUCGAUUUUGGUCCAAAAUGGACUUCUGAGGUGUUACUGCCCAGCUCAUGAGGCAGGAUUAGCAGCGUUGCAAGUGGCUCGAGGAGGUCGCGUUGUAUCAGACACGGUAGUCUUCGAAUACAAACCUGGCCCAGCACCUGCGCCGUCGUCUCCCGCGUCUGCACCGCUGCCAUCGCUAGAUUUGAGAAGGUUUUCCCUGCUGCAGCGCUUACAGCGGUUACAAGGUCGCUUGCAAAUGAAAAUUGAACCAGCGGAUGAAAAUAGUCAGAUUGAAGAUGUUCAGCUGUACUCCAAUCCAAAAUUUGAAGAACGGUUGGUUUCAUUCUGCCGGUCAUUGAGCAGUCGGUCUACUGGCACCUCAGAGGGAUUCACUACGGAACCCAAUGAGGAUGGCUCUACGAUACUACAUUUGGCUGCUGCACUAGGGUAUACCAAAUUGACUACAGUUCUGCUGAGGUGGAGGCAGGACGACACCAGCUUAGCUUUGGAGAAAGAAGUCAAUUUGGGUGCAAGGGACAGCGACAACUGCACUCCUUUGAUGGUGGCUAGUGCAGCAGGUCACGUGGAGACGGCCGUGGUACUAGCGCGCUGGAGUGCGGGCACUCGGCGCGAGGCUGGAGCACGCGCAGCCGCCGCUGCAGCGCGACGUGCUGGCCACUCACACCUCGCGGCUCUGCUUGAUAGGAUACACCCGCCUGCCAAAGACGGAGUCUUUCUGAGGCCGCAUAGUUUAUCGCAAAAGAGCCGUGCUGGUAGUUUGGAGAGUAACCUGGUGAAGAGGCCGUCAAUUGAUUCUGGCAUCAACAUGGCCGAUGCGUUUAGAUCUAGUUCAGCCAUUGACAAAUCGGAGAGCAGUUCCUCAGCCAGAUGGGAACGAAGCAUGUCGCUACCUUUAGAUUCAGAUACAUCAGAAGAUAGUCUUGGAGAUUCCAAGAUUGGCAGACGUAUGGACCUGGCCCUCUGCGAGACGGCGCCGCGGCGCGCCGCCAGCCCGCUCAUUGACGUGGAGGCGCUGUCCGACCACGACGCCGCCAGCCCGCCCGCCGCUCGCCCGCGCCCCGCAGGGGAGCAGGAUGACCGGGUGUUCACGCUGGCCGAGCAAAUCAUUGCCGCCAUGCCAGAGAGGAUAAAGAACGAAAGUUCAUCUCUGCUAUCGGGGUGCGGCUUAGACAGCGGCGGGGGAAGCGGGGAAGACACACUCAUGGUGCCACUCCUGGACGAGAACACCACAUUCAACAGUGACUUCACGUUUGAGUUCUGUGACAACACUUACAGCAACAUUAGCUCCGACUUCAGCUUCAACUAUUAUAGGUACUGUGGAGGUUCGACUCCUUGUUCGUCUGGCUCCGUGUCUCCUGGAUCAGCGGCGCUGUCCCCACCACCCCCAUCACCUCGGUCUGCGUUGUCCCACCCACCUCUAUGUACAACUCCUUCUGCCACUCUUCAAGAAUUCCUUAAUGCUACCACGCACUUCUCUAAUCUUACGUUGAAUGACCGUGAACAACGAGAACUGUACUCUGCCGCCAUUACAAUUCAGAAGGCAUAUCGCCAGUACCGCGGCAGACAGCUGCAGCGAAGAGCUGCGGCCGCCGCAAUCACCAUACAAAACUGUUACCGGAGAUACAAACAGUUUGCAUACCUGAAACAAAUGCACGCGGCUGCGACGGUGAUACAGCGCGGUUAUCGUGCGAUGCGUGCUCGCAGGAUGGCCACCACACCUAUCAAUAGGAGGACAUACUCUCAAAGGCGUCAGAAUCAGGCGGCGAGGAAGAUUCAACAGUUCAUGAGGCAGUCCAAGAUCAACACUUGGGAGGAAUUUACAACCAACGUUGCAGAACGCACGAGCCGAAAGCGUGAGGGGGGUCCGGCGAUCGCCGGAUGUCCGCCAAAACUCGCUGCAGCGCAUCACCAAUACACCACCCACGCCCAAUAGGAUCGUUGAUUACCUAGCACCUGAAUCACCAAUGAACGUGGACGAAGACCUUCUACUUGAACUUCUGUUCAAAAUCUAACUACGGCAGUUACUCUACGGACACAAUACCCAACACGAUGUUCAUUUCCAUUGCAAUAACAAUGGAAGGAUUUCUUUCAUCAUUAUUUUGUUACAAGUCGACAUUUUGUGUUAAAGUAUGUUGUGAUUGUUUUACAUCGAGUACUUCUAACGCGUUAACGCCAACUGCCAUUCACAUAUUCAAUAACUAUCUGACACUACGCACUUCACGAAACAGGUUUUUUAUCGGAGUUGUGAACUGAAUCAGGCCUUGUCUAUUCGAAAUGUUUUAAUUCUUUUCUAAACGUAUUACUUAAUUGUAGAAACAUAAAGUUUUGACUAAUACCUAUCACUUUUCCAUUUAGUUCUUUCUUUUUUGUCUUAAACACUAAAGUUAUGAUUCGGAAUUACAAUUUAUUGAUGUGAUUGAACGGAUUCUCGAUAUCCAAUGUUCAGUCGUUCUCAAUAAUCUUCUUCGCAGUACCAUCUGCGUAUACUAUGAACGGAUUAUAGCAAAGCGUGUGACUCUAGGAAGUAAUUAUGUUUUCCUUAGAAAUGACUUGUUCAGAGUUUAGAUUUCGAUUUAUUCUUUAUUUUAAACUCUUCAGGUCAUAGACAGGGUUAUAUUUAGUAUAAAUUUUAUCGUAUUUGUAUUAUAUUUUCAUAAUGUAUUUUUGAGAUAUUCGUUUAGAACAUUUAUUGGAAUCAUAUUUUUGAAAACUCUAAAUUUCAUGUAAAGUAAUUAAAACCUAGAUCAUCAUACGUAUUGGCUGAACAAUUUCGUAAGAUACGACGAAUUUUUUUCAAAAAUCUACCGAAAAUUCUUCUAAAGUGAUACGCGACAUUUCGCUUUUGACAGUACAUGUCAAUUGCAAACGAUUCGAUGAUGAAUUUCAAUGAGAAGUUUGAGUUUUGUUUGCUUUGGACUUUAGUAGAUCGAGUCAAAACUUGAAUUCUAUUCUAUGAAUAAUUUCAGCAAUGGAGUUAAAAAUAUGUAGGUUAAGUACAAAUUCAAAUUAUUAAAAGCCACUGUUCUUAUAAAGUAGAUGCACUUAGCGUAUAAUACAAUAAACCCGACGAGCUGUGAGUAUUUUGAGAUUUUAUCGUAUUUAAGAGAAAUAAAAGUAAUUACGCAGUUAGUUUCGGUCGAAAGUUUAACAAUAGGUUUCAAUCCAGCCUAAAUAGUUUUAAUUCUUUUAGUCUAUGCAGUGAAGUGAAGCCUUAGAUAUCAUCGAACAUGAUCUAUCUUCGAGACUCCCUUUAGAUUAGAUCUAACGUUGUCAAGGACCUUCGACCGUUUAUCAACCUAUCGUUUUCUAUUCGUUUACUUUGUCUCCUUUCGAACCUAUCUCGUUGAUUUCGUGUUCCUCCUUCCCUAGUUCCUAUUCCUAUAAGUGCGGAUCCCUAAUAUGAAUUUUCAUCAAUUACCUACAUCUAUAAUUAGUUCUUUAGAUAGUGAACUUUUGUUUUUAGAUCCUCGUUAUGCUAACGCCAUACUUACCUAGCGUUCAUGAAGAAAUAAGGUUGUGCACCACUUAAAUAUAGAAAAUAAAAACCUAAAUAUUCCCUUUUUCUGAAUUCUCUGAUAUUUUAACGUAGUAAAAAUAGUAAAGUUUUAUAGUAUAAGAAAUAAUAGAAUAAUCAUAGCUUAACCAUAAGAAGACGUGCUACAGUCGAGAUAUUUUCGAUUCGUAUUUUUAUAAAGCAAAAGUUUCGAACGAAUAAGGACGCUUUGCUUGAGCAGGGCCCUGGUACUUUGUGUUAUCUACUUACUUCAAACAACUACCUUGUUUAACUUUCCUCGUUACAUUCCGUUGUAUUAUUUCAUUAGAUCUAUGACUUGGUUCGUUUUGAAAAUUCUUACUUCUCUCGACAUAAUUUUCAAACUGUUCGUACAUUCCGAUAUAUUCCUGUUUAUUUAGAUUUUGAGAGGCCCAGAGUUGAAAAAGUAGGUGAAAAAGGUUGGUGGAUUCAGAGCAAAUGUUUCAAGUAAAGUGAAGCGUUGUUUUGUUAAGAAUGUACCAACGUUUUUUCGAUUAGAAGAAAAAUAAACACGCGACGAGGAUUGAGAAAAACCGUCCAGUUGUGGCGGCUUUUGCACCCUCCGGUGGCGAACGGCAAAAGUCGCAAAUAUCGCGGGCUUGCACACAGCGGUGACAUCGGCGCGUAGCUCGCGAGCGCGGGCCGGCCGGGGGCGCACUAAUACAACACGUAUAUUUCAUAUUUUUGGAUCGCUAAUUUUAAGAUGUUAUAUUUAUAUAUGUAUAUGUAGUAAUGGCGAGUACGAUACCAGUAUUUCGAGAUGUAUUGCGCCAAAAGUUUUGAUGUAUUAAUUUUCCAUAAACGUUAUUCUAUCAUUUCUGUCUUAAUUUUCGAACAAAUAGUUCGUUUAGCUAGUGGUCAUGCGUAUACCUAUAUUUUUAGAUAGCGUGCACGAUUGCUUCUGGAGCGCUGAUAAUGUUAUUAAAAUGCGAAACGGUUGGAGAUGUGAAAAAAGUAAAUAAAAAAAGUAUUUUUCUCUGUAACGCGGAACCUCUGAAAGCAAUAAUAUUUUUGUGGUGAAAUAAACUCCGAUUUGUAAAGAAAGUGUAUUUUAAUAUCCACGCGGUCGUCACAGUACAGUUGAAAUAUAGACGCUUCUUAGUGCCACCGAAAACUGUGUCCUUUUUAUUAUCUUUACAUUUUAUUUUAUUAUAUUGUUUAGAAAAAUGCCAAAAAUUUACAAAAAAAAAAAACAUGAGCAUAACAAUAAUUUGUGUUAUAUUUUUUAUAAAAGAAAUGUCAAUUACAUAAAAGAAAAAACAUAAAAAAAUUAAUUGAUUUUGUAAAAAACAUUGUGAGACAAACUUUUUAAUUUGAUUUAUUUUGAAGAUUUAUUUAUGAAAGAUAAAGAAAGCAAUAAACUUUUUGAAGGUAGUAAAGAAGGCACACUUGCGGCGAGGCUUAGUAAUUGACCACAGCUAAAAGAUAGUGCACUAGAAGUAGAUAUAGUUAGAUAAAUUACUAUUAUAUGAAAUAAAAAAAAACUUGAAAUCUAUACAUAGAAUUUAAAACUAAAAGUUUAACUAAUACUUUUUAUUAUUAUAUUAUAAGAAGCUUGUUCACACAUUUUAACUUCAUAAUAAUAUUUAGUAAGUAUUCCUAAGACUAAAAGAUAGACAUUGUUACUAACUGAAAAUGGUACUGGAAUGAGAUAUUAGUGAGAAUAUGAUUGGAUUUCUUUCAUCUAUUAGGGUGGGCCGUAAAUAGUUGAGCUUUAUUAUGCCGUAGGCACGUUUCUUUUGACGAAAAUGUGAUAAAAAAAUUGCAAAAAAGCAUUGGUUUUUAGCAUCUAUGAUUUUUAUGUAGUUCUAAGUUAAACAUUUGUUGUUUAAGCAAUUUCUUAUAUUGAACUUAUUCGCGGUAGCUUGCGUAUACUUUUUUAGAGGGGAAAUAUAUUAGUUUUAGUCAUUUCAAUAUGUAAUUUCUAUACGAUAUAGAUCUUCUUUUAAUUUCGUCGAGAUUCGCAAUAAAUUGUUCACAAAGAAUGGCUAAAACUAAUCUCGAUCGCCUCUUUGUAAUGACGAUAAAUGAUUGUUUAAUCAAAAUGAAGCCUGCCUAAAGUAUAUUGCAUAUCACUUAGAUACUUAAUUAUAACUUGAACGUUCUCGACACUCGCGUCUGAUAUUAGUUUCGUUUUGUUUCAUGAAAUGCUAGAUCACUAGAACUUCGUUUACUAUUAAUAUUUAUUAUACAUAGUUGCUAAAUCCUUGUACUAGGAUUGUAAUGUUUUGACGUGCAACAUAGUGUGUAAUUCAAAAAUGUUUUUUCUUAAACUUUAGCCAAAAGGUACGGAGAAUGAGCAGUUUUAGGCUCUUAUUUAUAAGUUGAAUUACUACUUAAAGCAAUAGUGCCUGAUUUAGUCAAUACAGUAGUCAAAUCUGCCAUAAAACGUUUAGUUACCUAAGCCUUAGACAUUUUAUCAUAGAAAAUAAAUAAUUUAAUUUUUCAUAAAUCAUUACAAUCCUAUAUUUUUAUAGCUAGCCACUAGAGUUAUUGCUUUACAAACAAAUUUAUAUAGAACAAGGCAUUUGAUAGCGAAUUUUAUGAUGUUAUUUAAUUUUUUAAUUAAACUAAUGGUUUAUAUGCAAAUCUUAAGCGUUGUUUGUAAGUUUUUCUUUAGCAAAUGUAAGAGAUUGUCACGUACUGCCAGUUUCAAGGUUUCUAAAACACCAAUAUGAAGGGACGAAUGAAUGGCGACUGUCCGAUUGAACAACUUAGAAUCUCUUUUUUAUAGUUCAUCUUUCUUAAACAAAAAAAUUGAAUAUUGAAUUGUAAUAAUUGGAUUAAAAGGUAAUUACGUGGAGUGUAUUUUCGAACUUCUAUUUUAAAUAGGUAAUGGAUUAUAAAAAUGAGUUGUAAAUAAUUUGUGGAAAACUUAUGAAAAAAUGUCUCUUUUAAUUGUCGCGUUUUAUUUUAUUUCUUAUUGUUAUGUUAUUUAGUUUCAUUUUUUAUUGUAGGUUUUUUAUGUGAACUGUAAAUAAACAAUAUUGUUCCUAAGUAUUUAUAAUCGUAAUUAAUCGUAUACUUAUUUAAAUAUUAUCAAUGUAUUCAAUUUAAUAAUUUGGUAUUGAUUUGAUUUCAACUUUAUUUUUUUCACAUAAUUUUUAAUUACAUUCAUAAAUAGAUUAAAAUUAAAAUUUUUAUUUCGAUAAUAAUUAGUGUAUCAAACAUUAUAAUUUUAAUUACAAUUACAUUAUUAAUUUUGUUAUGUAAAAUUGUUAAAUUUCGUUCGUUUGUAAUUAUUGUAAUAAUUAUUUAAAAUAAUUGAACAAAAAUGUAAUUGUUUAUCUUAUUGUAAUAUAUUUCUGAGAUGGUGGACAUGAAUGUAUGACGACGAGCUGUUGGAUAAGUGUACUUUGAACAAAAAAUAAUCUUCCUUUGUAAUUAUUAUAAUCUAUAAACACUACAAAAUUGUGAUUCAAAGCAAUUUAAAAAUAUUACUGCUGAUUAUA